AUGUCAUCGUAUUAUUGUUCAAUUGUUAUUUAUUCUAUUUUAUUUAUUGUUAUUUUUUCACCCAUUUCUUCAACACGUUGGUAUCGAAUGUUUUAUUCAUCAGUUGAAGAUCCAUGUGAACGACAAGGACGUUUUCAACGUUGCAUACCAGAUUUUAUUAAUGCCGCAUUUCGUAAACAUAUUGUUGCUUCAUCAACAUGCGGUAAUCCACGUUCACGUUAUUGUAGUCAAACGUCAGAUAAUAAUAAUGUAUGUGAUAUAUGUGAUGCAUCAGAUCCAUUAAAAAGUCAUCAAUCCGAUUAUUUAACCGAUAUUAAUAAUCCAACAAAUUUAACAUGUUGGCAAUCAGAAAAUUUUCAACAAUCAAAUUUAACAAAUGUAACAUUAACAUUAUCAUUACAUAAAAAAUUUGAGUUAACUUAUAUUAGUUUACAAUUUUGUUCACCUAUAAAACCCGAUUCAAUGGCCAUAUUUAAAAGUAUGGAUAUGGGUAAUACAUGGAUACCAUUGCAAUAUUAUUCUAGUGAUUGUUUGAAAACAUUUAAUAAAUCGCCUCUUGCAACUAUUACACGUUCAAAUGAACAAGAGGCACUAUGUACAAAUGCAAAUAAUGACCAAACAUUAACAUCAACAUCACGAAUUGCUUUUAGUACACUUGAAGGUCGACCAUCAGCUUAUGAAUUUGAUACAAGUCCAGUAUUACAAGAUUGGGUAACGGCAACUGAUGUUAAAGUUGUUUUCUAUCAAUUACGACCACCAAUUUCAAAAUUCUAUAACAAUAACGAUAUGAUGACCUAUGAAACAAAUUAUUAUGCUGUUAGUGAUUUUGCUGUUGGUGGAAGGUGUAAAUGUAAUGGGCAUGCAUCGAAAUGCAUUACAAACAGUGAUGGUCGAUUAGUUUGUGAUUGUAAACAUAAUACGGCUGGUGAUGAAUGUGAAAGAUGUAAAGAUUUUUAUUAUGAUCGACCAUGGGCAAGAGCAACUCAACGUGAUGCUAAUGAAUGUAUUGAAUGCAAUUGUCAUCCGGUUGGAUCUCGUGGUAAAACGUGUAAUCAAACAACUGGACAAUGUGUUUGUAAAGAUGGUGUAACGGGACUUCGAUGUGAUCGAUGCUUGAAAGGUUAUCAACAGACAAAGUCACCAGUAGCACCAUGCAUACGAACUUUGGAAUUAUCUCCUAUUUACAGUAUUUAUCAAGAUGAUGCAUAUUCAUCAUCCAAUAAUCGUGAAGACGAUGGAACAUAUUCGUAUAAUCAACAAUCUCCACCGCAAUCGUCUACUGUCAUUCCGUCAGAUAAUGGUGAUGUUAGUGAUAGUCGAUCAGCUAUUGAUCAAAGUCAGUAUUGUGGUGCUUGUCGAUAUUAUAGUAAACGAUUACAUUUCAAAAAAUAUUGUAAACGAGAUUAUACAAUUCAUGCUCGUGUAACAAAUCGUCAUGAUGGUGGUCAAUGGAUCUCAUAUUUAUUAACUAUUUUACGUGUAUAUAAAGAUCGUUUAAAUCGAAUACAAGAAACUGAACAAUGGGUAUGGAUAAGUCGAAAAGACAUACAAUGUAAUUGUCCAAGACUAAAAAUAGAUCAUGAAUAUUUACUAAUGGGUUUUUAUGAUCAAAUGCAAACAUCACUAAGUCUAGAUAGAACUUCUGUUGUUAUUGAAUGGCGAGAAAGAAUGGAACAACGAAUGGUUCGUUUUAGACGAUUAGAAUUAAAUAAAAAAUGUUAA